GGUCUGGAAGAAGGCUUUGGAUAGAACAGGGUCUAGGUUCUGUGGGAGGGAACAGAGUUUGGGAGAGAUCAUGGCCAGCUGUCAACCACAUCCCCAGGUUGAGUACCAGAGCCCGCAGCCUAGCACCUCGGGGUACUCCCUUCCGGAGAUGGUGGAUGAUGAAGUGCCAGGACCAUCAGCUCUCCUUGCUGCCCUGUUGCUCCCACAGAAACUCUGUUCUACUUCUCGUACUAGCCUCUGCUCUCUAAUCACAGAGGAUCCUGUUGUUAAAAGAUUCCUGGCCUGGGACAAAGAUCUGAGGGUAUCGGACAAGGUAAGCUACCUGGCCAAUGACAUGGAGGAGGAUAACCAGGCCCCUAAACAAGACAUCUUCUACUCCCUAUAUGGGAAGAACCGCUCCCAGUGACCCUUGCUCCAUAAGCUUCGACUCCAGUUCAUUUGUUCCAUGCGCUGGAGGACUCGGGUUUCCCUGGAGGAGUUGGAGGAGGUGGCUGACCUCAGCUGGAGGUCUCUCCUGGUGGUGCCCCUGAGCAGCAACCCGAUUUCUGUCCCCAGCUACCUGGACAAUGACAUGGAGGAGGAUAACCAGGCCCCCAAACAAGACACCUUCUACUUCCUAUAUGGGAAGAACCGCUCCCAGCGACCCUUGUUCCAUAAACUUCGACUCCAGUUCAUUUGUUCCAUGCGCUGGAGGACUCGGGUUUCCCUGGAGGAGUUGGAGGAGAUCCAGGCUUAUGACCCAGAGCACUGGGUGUGGGCUUGAGAUCGCACCUUCCUUUCCUAGAGCUCCAGGGACCAUGGAGGCCUGAGGUCAUUGGCCUGAGGAAAGGUACAUCUGCAUCCUCCAGGAUAAAGGCAGAAUAUUGUGGUCGAUUUAGGAAAUCUGAGGAACUCAAUUGCUUGAUCCAGCUUCAAGCCUGGGCAACAUGGCAAGAAC